CGGUCCUUGCUCAAUUUUAAACAUGUCGGAAUAUAAACCCUCGCCUCGCGGUUAGUUAUAUGAAAGACUCACACGGAGUUGUUAUCUGUAUUCUAUUCUUCAUGAAGACAUCAAUCCCGUGCAUAGUGCAUAUAUAUCAUGGCACCGCAAUCUAGCCCAGGACCUUAUACCAAGGUUGUAAACGACACUGGUCUUGAUCAUGGAGAUAUUGCGCCCGCCAUCAUCUCCGUGACGAUUCAAAAGAGCGGCAACAAAAGGAGAGGCACCAACAAGGGCAUGGCAAGCGCUGGUCUCUACGCCGCUCUUCUGGGAGCCGCGGGCCUUGCUUCGCCGCCAUCGUUGAGCUCGACAAGCUGGGCAGUUGGCAUUAUAGGACUGCUUCUCGCCGGUCAAUCAACACAUGACAUUUCCCAAACGGACGAUGGCAAGUCUCACUCCAGAGUGCUUUACCUAGGAGACGCCGCAUCUCUUGGUGUUGAUGAGCGAAAUACUAAUGAGAUUGUCAUGUAUCGAGCUUACGUGGAUGAAAAUAUACUCAAGAUCACUGAAUACUUUGUGCCCAGUGUCAGGUCUCUCUUGUACAACGCCAGUGAUAUUAUCAAAGGGUGUACGCACGGGGGUACAUUAGACAGAGAGGCCAAGGACUUAUUUACUUUCACUUUUCCGGAACCUCAAGUCAUUAACCUGUACCGCUAUGUCUCCAUUCGUGGAUUGAGUCCCACGCCAAGUUUUGGGACGAAUGGUUCCGGGCUCCCCUCCGAUGGUCUUCCAAAGCAAGGCUCAUUGGUUUGGUACGAUGCCGAUGGGAAAUUUUUGGCGCAGUGGGAUGGCGGUACACAAGAAGAAGUAGUCGAUCGUUUUGGAGCCGGAUGGUUCGACUCCAACAACAAGGCCAUCCGCCGAAACCUAGUGUCGUUUGUUCAAGAGAUGAAGCCUCAGCUGAGCUCCAACAUGACCAUCCUCCACCUGAGCGAUAAGCUCAACACCCCGAUGCUUGUCUUGAACAACUGGAGGGUCGGCGAUACAGGUGAUCGCGCAGCAAACGUGGCAACACAGGAAGAGGUCCUGCGCUUUAUCAAGACCGAUCAAAGGAACUGGGAUUGGGGAUACCAGUGGGAUAGCAACGGCGAUAUCUACCCCUGCCGCUCGCCCUAUUACUACCGAGAAGAUUACAUGACUCGAAGCGAGGAUUCGCACCUUUUCUUUCCCCUCACUGAUAAGGAUUGGACAUAUACGACAAUGAUUGUGAAGAAGGAUUAAGGCACAUAACAACAAGUGGAGAAGUUUUGAGCUUCGUUUCACCAAAGUUUCUUGUUCAAGUCUUCAUUCUUGCUUUAUACAUCAAGUCAAAUGCUCAUGAACGUCAACUAUCAGCAGAUUAUUGGAAUUGGGAGUCAUAAAAGUUAUUAUGAGUUGUACGACAUAUUUAGAUGAGGCUCUAAAAGAGUUAAUAAAAUUGGUAAAAGGAAGAAGAGCAGUUUUAAUAAUAAAGCAAC